UAUUAAAUAAACCUCAUCGUUAUUACAACGCAUAGUUACUCAAACCAAAGCAUCCAAGAGAAGAAGAAUAAAAAGAAUGGCAACAAUAGCAGGUGUGAGCCUUUCAAGCCCAAGGGUACUUGCCAAGGGAUCAGACUCACCACAAAAGACCCAAGCCAUCAAGUUCCCACCACUGUUCAGUCUCAGCCAAAGGCGGCCUACUAUGGUCGGGUCGGGUCGGAUGAUGAGCAUCCGACCCGUGCGCGCAGCACCGGAAGGCUUAUCGGAGAAGGUGGAGGAGAGCAUAAAGAACGCUGAGGAGACCUGCUCGGACAACGCUGCUAGCGGCGAAUGCGUGGCGGCGUGGGAUGAGGUGGAGGAGCUGAGCGCGGCGGCGAGCCACGAAAGGGAGAAGAAGAAGGGUUCUGACCCGCUUGAGGCCUUCUGCAAGGACAACCCGGAGACUGAUGAGUGCCGCACCUAUGAUAACUGAUACCAACGUUGUUUCAAAUGUCUCGUUUAGCUUUCUGUUGUUGCUCUAGUUAAACAGACACCAUGUUAUUAAUUAAUUUUUAUUUAAGCGUAAUUCAAUAAUCCAUACCAAGUAAACCAGUCAUUAUUAUAGGUUCGUCCCUUCAUGGUAACUUUUAUUUGAAAUCAUAGUUGUUUUAUCUAUAUUUGUUUAAAUUCAUAAAAUAUGCAUCUAUAUAUUUCUAUC